UGAGGUAAUGGUGAAGACCACUGCCUUAGCUCUCUUAAUGUGAAAUGGCACAUGUAACUACACAAAUGUCAAGAGGACCAACCUUAAAGGUUGUCAGUGGUGAUUAUACAGGUUUUCCAUUAUCAUUAAGGAGAAGAUUAUCUCUUCGGUUAAUGAUUGAUGGGAUUGAUGUAACGCCAAAACCUCUUCUGUAUGACGCAGAAGAAUUAUCUGAGGAUAUACAAGAAGGACUUCAAAUAUCCACUGUAACACCUCACACUUCAGAUGUUCCUGGAACAGCUUCUUCAAGUUCACAUUUAACAAAAAGUACACCUGUUGAGCUUACAUCAAUACGUGAACCUUUAACAGAGUCAGAAAUGAAGAAUUUUGCUCUUUCAGAUGAUAGUGAAACAUCUGACAUAUCUGAUGAAAUUCCCCCACUCCCCCAAAAUUUGUUGUACCUUUUGCACCCUGAGGAGCCUGAAGUUCCAGAAUUUCUACCCCCUCGUAACAUUCUCAUCACUCUGAAAGAAACACCCACUAUUUUCCAUUUGACUCUGCCAUCUUUGAAUGUGGAUGUGGAAACAGAAGAAGGUGAAGCAGUAGAAUCUGAUAAUGAAUAUUAUGAAUAUAUUACUAUCGGGAAAGGUCAUCAUAGGAAUAUUAAAACAGCUGAAGUUCAAACUGAAUACAGUGUUAGCAAAACCAGGUCCACAGUGGCAGCAGCUGUUGCGGUAAAAGAUAGCUCUGCUAGUGCUAAUGCAUGGGAUCUGUACCAUUCUUACAGGAAACUGGAAAGUAUAUCAGUUGACACCUAAGAUGUAAUAAAUGCAUGAAUAAUAUUGUAAUAGUCUUCAUAUAGA